AUGGAGGGGCUCCUGCAUUACAUCAAUCCAGCACAUGCCAUCUCACUGCUGAGUGCGCUGAACGAGGAGCGGCUCAAAGGACAGCUCUGCGAUGUUGUCCUUAUAGUAGGAGAUCAGAAGUUUCGAGCUCAUAAGAAUGUUCUGGCUGCCAGCAGUGAAUACUUCCAGACACUGUUCACAAAUAAGGAGAAUGAGUCUCAGUCUGUGUUUCAACUUGACUUUUGUGAACCGGAUGCUUUUGAUAAUGUGCUAAACUACAUUUACUCCUCAUCCCUGUUCAUUGAGAAAGGCAGUCUCGCGGCUGUGCAGGAACUGGGCUACAGUCUUGGAAUAUCCUUUCUCACAAACAUUGUUUCUAAGAGUCCUCAAGCUCCUUUUCCAGCUUGCCCCAUUAAGAAAAUAUUGUAUCAGGACGAAGAUGAAGGUAGUUCUCAGAAGAGAAGUGUCAUUGUUUGUCAGAACAGAAAUGAAGCACAAGGGAAAAGUGCAAAUUCAACACAGCAUGAUUUAAGCCAUACUUCUAAACCUUCACCUUCAGUUGCUGUCAAAACUAACAGUAGACCACAGGUUACGAAACCAACUGAAUCACUCCACAGCUUAUCGCUGACAGAAAGAAGAUGGCUGAAAGAAACCCCUGUGAGCUAUACCAAGCUUCACGAAACUUCUGGAACUGUAGAGGAUCAGAGCAGAGGUGGUUUACUGAAAAGAAAUACCGUUUUGCCUCAAAAGCCUUUAGCAGAGAAGGAAGUUGCAAGUGAUGAGCCAGGAGGCAGUAACCAGCUUUUAAGAGGAAAAGCUACAGAGAUGUCAUUAAAGAGACCACGUCCACCAGUGUUGUCUUUGCAUGGCUCAUCAGAAUCUACAUUUUUGUUGCAAGAGUCCGGAAAAGGAGGAAAUGGUCAAGGAGAAGAAAGGAACUUGCUAUACUACUCAAAAUUAGGACUAGUAAUCCCAUCAAGUGGAUCUGGUCCAGAGAACCAAAGUAUUGACAGGAGUGGGCCACUUGUAAAAAGUCUCCUUCGAAGAUCAUUGUCCAUGGACAGUCAGGUUCCUAUUUAUUCACCUUCUGUUGACCUAAAACCUUCACAGGUAUCCUCCUCAGCAGGGUCUAACGAUUCCCAAGGGAAGACAUUUAAUGUUAUAUCUCAAAAGGCAUCCUUGAAAGAGUCAUCAGAAAAGUUAGUCUUAGAUGAGAAACCGCAGGUAAUACACCCACAUCGCCUUAGGUCCUUCAGUGCCUCUCAGUCAACAGAUAGGGAGGUUGCUUCACCUCUCACAGAGGUGCGAAUAAAAACUGAACCUAGCAGUCCGCUCUCGGAUCCCUCUGAAAUAAUAAGAGUUACAGUGGGAGAUGCUUCAACAUCUACAAAUAAAGAUUUUGCUUUUAAAACUGAGGAUGAUCAUAGGGAACCAAUGAGACUUCCAGCUAAAAGGAGAUUUCAAGCUGAUAGAAGACUACCGUUUAAAAAACUGAAAGUGAACGAGCAGGGUUCUCCUGGGUCGGAAGAUAACUUUGAGGAAGGCUCAAGCCCUACACACCUUGAUGCCGAUUUUCCUGACUCUGAUGUCAGCAAAGAUGAAUACAGCGAGAUGGAAGAAGCAAGACCGAACAAAAAAUUUAAAUGCAAGCACUGCCUUAAGAUUUUUAGAUCAACAGCAGGUCUUCAUCGCCACGUUAACAUGUAUCAUAAUCCAGAGAAGCCCUACGCUUGUGAUAUCUGCCACAAGAGGUUUCACACAAACUUCAAAGUGUGGACACACUGCCAGACGCAACAUGGAAUUGUGAAGAAUCCCUCACCAGCUUCCAGUUCCCAUGCUGUUUUGGAUGAAAAAUUCCAAAGAAAACUCAUUGAUAUAGUGAGAGAGAGAGAAAUAAAGAAAGCUCUCAUAGUUAAACUAAGACGUGGCAAGCAGGGCUUUCAGGGACAGUCUGCUUCACAAGCCCAACAAGUCAUCAAGAGGAAUUUGCGAUCAAGAGCCAGAGGAGCCUAUAUUUGCACCUACUGUGGGAAGACUUAUCGUUUCCUCUCACAGUUCAAACAGCACAUAAAAAUGCAUCCAGGGGAAAAGCCAAUUGGAGGAAACAAGGUUCCUAAGCAGAAAGACCAUAUUCAUAUUGAAAAUCCAGUAGAAAACAAAGAGGUUUAUCAGUGCCGUCUCUGUAACGCGAAGCUCUCUUCACUUAUUGAGCAGGGUAAUCAUGAGCGGCUCUGUAGAAAUGCUACGGUCUGUCCUUACUGCAGCCUUAGAUUUUCUUCUCCAGAGCUGAAGCAUGAACAUGAAAGCAAGUGUGAGUAUAAGAAGCUUACAUGUCUUGAGUGUAUGCGCACCUUUAAGUCAUCCUUUAGUAUUUGGCGUCAUCAAGUUGAAGUUCACAAUCAAAACACAAUGGCUCCCCCGGAGAACUUUUCUUUACCCAUACUGGAUCACAACGGGGAAAUAACUAGUUCAUCAAGAUUGCCUCCUCAGUCAGAAACCAGUAAAGUAAACAAUUUUGCUGCUGCAAAAGAAGACAGUGUAUUCAGUGAUUCAUCAGAACAAAAUAAUUUUGAUUCUGAAGAUUCCUCAUGCCUGCCUGAAGACCUAAGUGUUUCCAAGCAGUUUAAAAUUCAAAUCAAGGAAGAGCCUGCAGAUGAGGUGGAGGAGGAGGUCACCGAAGCCAGUAGAGAACCUAAAGAAGUAGUCUCGAACAAAGAUGCUGGUUUGUGGCCCUGCGAAAAGUGUGGCAAAAUAUUUACUGUGCACAAACAGCUAGAGCGUCACCAGGAGCUCUUAUGCUCCGUGAAGCCCUUCAUUUGCCAUGUGUGCAACAAGGCCUUCCGAACCAAUUUCCGGCUGUGGAGUCACUUCCAGUCCCACAUGUCACAGGCUGCAGAGGAGUCCACGAAUAAGGAAGCUGAGAUGUGUCCCCCAGCCGGUUCCCCAUCACCACCCCCUUUGCCUCCGCCCCCGCCGUUACCCAAAAUCCAGCCCUUGGAGCCCGAUAGUCCAACAAGCUUGUCCGAAAGCUCCGCUACUACUGAGAAAUUGUUUGUCCCGCAGGAGUCGGAUACGCUCUUCUAUCAUGCCCCGCCACUCUCGGCCAUCACCUUCAAGAGACAGUACAUGUGCAAACUCUGCCACAGGACUUUCAAGACGGCCUUCAGCCUUUGGAGCCAUGAACAGACACACAAUUAAAUAGCUUUAACAGGUUAAAAAGGUGGCUCAGUGGGGGCUGUUUUCAGGAUCUCGGAUGUAUGCCAUAUAAACUAGAAAUCUUAAGAGGAUCAAAACAACAACAGUGGAAAAAAUAGGAAUUUGCGAUGCUGCUUGGAUUUGAAGAUUAAGGUAACUAACUUUGUUAGUAGAUAGAAGCCCGAGUAAUUUAAAAUACUGUGGUCCGGGAUCUAAUGGUAACAGAGUAACUUUAAUUUCAAUAACACUGAAAUAUGAUCACAUCUGGAUUGUAUGCAUGGAUCUUCAUCCUGUGAUGUUGGUGUGUGCGUGUGUGUAUUACAUAUACAACUAUAUUAGACAAAAGAGCAACAACAAUUUGGAUUUUAACUGUGAGUGGAUAAUGGUGAAAUACUGUAACCAACUUUUUUUUUUUUUUUAGACCACACAGGCUCCCUAUAAAUAGUUGUUGAGCACUUCAAGUUAGGGAAAAAGUGGAUGGAGUAUCUUACUGUAUUGACUUAGGUCUUAGAAAACUUUAGCAAUAACAAACAAACCUCAAGUUUGAGUAAUCCUGACGUUAUUGGAUAUGAAUGUUUGAUAUUUUAAGGGAACGUGGAAUUUUUUUGUUGUUAUACGGAACUUGUGCAAGCUAAAAUAGAUUCUAAGGUCAGCAAUAUUAUUACAAAUAUUUUAUAUAAAAAGUAGCAGCAAGCCUGCUUUCAACCAUUUAAUUAUAAGUUUCUAAGAAAAAAAUGGGGGAGGGCGGGUACAUUGCUUUAUAUAAUGUCCCAAAGACUAAUUUACUACGGAUAUUUCAGUAGUUACUGUCAUUGUAUAAACAACCAUCAUAAUUCAAAUGGUACUCUUUAUAAAUAUGAACUAAGAUUGAAUGGAUGUCAGAGAAAUUUCCUAAUUUUUUUCUGCUAUUUGUACAACUGUUUGUAAUUCUAACUACAAUGGAAUGUAUAACUAUUGAGCUCAAAAAAUAGAGCUUGUUAAGGGAUAGAAGAUAUAAGGUGUGUUUCUAUACACAGUAGUGAGCUUGGCCAUGAGUACAAAGAUACGUUUUAACAAAAAUUAAAAAUGUAAAUAUUUAUAUAGAUACCUGUAUAAAUGAAGAAGUAUGUAUUUGAAAUUUGUAUUAAGCAUACAUAUCCAGCUCAAAGAGGAAAAAACACCACACUACAAUCACUGCAUUUUAUGAAUACAAUGGAUAGAAUAUUUUUCUGCUGCUUUUUAUCAUUUGUGAUACUGUGUUGCAAUUUUCUAAUUUGUUGAAAAUCAUGGUAAUAAUGGACUGCAGAUAUUUCAUGUGGCUCCAUUAUUUUACCUCAAAUCACAACUG